AUGGCCGCCGUGGCUACCAAGGCUUUCUGGUCUCAGCCAGACCCCGACGACCCUCUCUCCCAGGCACUCCAGCCGCCCCCGAACGAGUCCCCCGAAGAUCGUGCCGCCAGGAUCCGGCAGCAGGAGGACGCGAUUCGCGUCUCAAAGGAAAUUGACGACGAGAUCGCCAUAGCCAAGAGGGCCUACGAGCGGCGCAAGAAGGCCAUAAAGAUCCUCCUCCUAGGUCAGGCCGAGUCCGGCAAGAGCACAACCUUGAAGAACUUCCAGCUCGCGUUCUCCCCCCAGCACUUCCACAAGGAGCGCUCUGCAUGGAAGACUAUCAUUCAACUCAACUUGAUUAGAAACAUCAAGCGCCUCCUCGAGGUCCUCCAAGAGGAAUGGGAGUCCUCCCUGCAAACUACCACCACCGCCUCCAUCGCCAAAGGCAAGGGCGUCGCCGGCCGCACGCCCACCAGCCCCGGCGUCCGCUUCUCGACCUCCCCGCUCACAGACAACCACCGCCGGAUCCGCAUGCGCCUCUCCGCCCUCCUGCCCAUCGAAGACGAGCUCAUGAAGAAGCUCCUGCCCGACGGCGCCGCCGCCGUCAAGGACGUCUGCGUGCGCGCGGGCAGCGGCUGGAAGGGCAUCCUCACCGCGCUCAGCGCGAACACGAGCACGCUCGGGCCGGUCACCCCCGCGAAGCCGCAGCUGCAGCUCGUGAGCGCGAUGAAGGGCGGGUCGAACCCGAGCAGCAGGCCGGGGACCGCGGACGCGGCCAAGUUCAAGGACAACCCGACCGCGGUCCUCGCCGCGUGCAAGGACGACAUCGUCACGUUGUGGGAGGAUCCGAUUGUCCGGGGUGUGCUGAAGAAGCAUAAUGUGCGGUUACAGGACAUGCCCGGCUUUUUCUUGAACGACGCGGGGCGGGUCGCCGCGAUGAGCUACGAGCCGACGGACGACGACAUCGUGCGUGCGCGAGUACGCACACUAGGUGUUGAAGAGCACCACUUCACGAUGGAGAGCGGUGCGCUACCUGGAACAGAAUGGUACAUCUACGAUGUCGGUGGAAGUCGCAGCGUCCGUCAACACUGGAUACCGUACUUUGACGACGUGCAGGCGAUCAUCUUCCUCGCGCCGCUCGCGUUCAACCUCACGCUCGAAGAGGACCCGAAGGUCAACCGUCUCGAGGAUUCUAUCACGCUCUGGCGAGAAGUGUGCACGAACGCGCUCCUGGCCAAGACGACGCUCAUCCUUUUCCUCAACAAGAUGGACAUCCUGCAAGCGACGCUCGCCUCGGGUAUCCGUGUCGUGAAGUACGUCCCGAGCUACGGUGACCAACCAAAUGACAUCACACAUGUCACCAAAUACUUCAGGGACAAGUUCCGUGGAUACCACAAGCGACUGUCGCCCAAGGCGCGCCCGUUCUACUGGCACGAGACGUCUGUCAUCGAUACGCGCUCGACGGCUGCAAUCCUCGUUGGCGUACGCGAAGGUAUCCUGCGCGCCCACUUGCAGAGCGUAAACGUAAUUUGA